CCUUAGUGCACCCAUCCCGGACCGGUUGAAGCCGGCCUCCAGUCCGUGGGAGGCGGGUAUGCUGGCCUGGCAGGAUGGCGGGGCCAAGGCGGCUCCUUCUCACCACAAGAUUUCCUUCUCUGUCCUGGACAUCUUGGAUCCGCAAAAAUUCACGCGAGCUGCGUUCCCACCGGUGCGUCUAGCUGCCCGGGAAGCCAAGAAAAGUUUAGCGGAGGUGGAAGCAGGGGAAGACGCCAGCCCCGAGUCUACGAUCGGGUCGCAGGACACCCCUGAUGCCACGGGCCGAGGCAUUGGCCCCGCGUCCCCCCUGGAAGGCUCGGAAGCGGAAGAGGAGGAGGAAGCUGAGGACGCGGGGCGCGCGCAGCUGCGGGAGCGGCAGGAGCGCUGGCAGGGGGUUCACCAGGGCUCUCCAGAGGCCCAAGCUGUGGUGACGGGAGUAGGGGAGAGUGGCACCGACCGGCUGCCAACGUCCCCCGGCUCCCCCGGCUCCCCGCGGCCUCGGCGCCGGCGAUCCGAGCCUAGCUGCGCCAAGCCACGGCGCGCGCGCACAGCCUUCACCUACGAGCAGCUGGUGGCUCUGGAGAACAAGUUCCGAGCCACGCGCUACCUGUCCGUGUGCGAACGCCUGAACCUGGCUCUGUCGCUCAGCCUCACCGAGACGCAGGUCAAAAUCUGGUUCCAGAACCGAAGGACCAAGUGGAAGAAGCAGAACCCGGGGGCCGACGGCACAGUGCAGGCGGGGUGUGGUACGCCGCAGCCUGGGACACCCGGUGUAGUGGCGGGAGCCUGCGGCAGUAGCACCGGGAGCAGUCCUGGCCCCCAGGUUCCAGGCGCUCUGCCGUUCCAGACUUUCCCCACCUAUCCUGCGAGCAACGUCAUAUUUCCCCCUUCCUCCUUCCCGUUAACGACAGCCGCCACGGGGAGUCCCUUCACUCCUUUUCUUGGGCCCUCCUACUUGACCCCUUUCUAUGUCCCGCACCUGUAAAUCGGGUACUCCAACCGAAUCGAGAUUCCAGAGUGAUCAGUAUGGUGGUGUGGACCCCUGCAUCACCGAGGGGCACUGACCGCCCCCUCCUGGUGUGUUGGUGUCUGUGUGCCCCUUCCCUCCAGCCACCAGAGGGCGAGGAGAAGCCACCUGCUGGACUCCAAACCACACAGGCCACUGAGGAGUCAAGAAAGUGUCCAGACCAAGCUGACUUCAAACCUUCCAGCUUCUGUACGUCACUCUUCGCUUUCAUUCACUUCCAGGGCUCUGUUUUUAAAGGGCCUGGGUAGUCAAUACCAGGCUAAUAAGGGUUACCAGGGUGGAGACCAGAGGGAGCCAAGAAUGUCCUGGGCACCAGCUGCUAUCACCA